AUGGAAAACAUUACUAGUAAUGAAGGGAUCCCAGAUCUUAAUGAAGAACUGAACACGAUUCAAAUUGAAAGUACGAGCAGUAAUGAUGGACAUGAGGAGCUACUUAGAAAGCGUGGCAUUAUAACUAAAUUGAUGAAAAACUGUGAAUUGUCAGCCAAAGAAGGUGACAAAGUAUACAUCAUCCCUAAAGAUUGGUUUGAUAAAUUCUUUUCUGAAGAAUUGAAAUCUGAAAAUGAUUUAGGGCCUAUUGACGUUGCAUCUAUCAUUAAAGAUUACGAACAUUUUGUCCUUGAAGAUUAUAAUAGCGUGCCAUAUACAUCAGUGCCUGAACCGUUAUUCCUUCAGUUUCAAGAAUGGUAUGGUAUCACUGACCUAUCUCAACCAGUAGUUACUUAUCUCAUUGAAAAUGAAAAUGGGGAGUUAGUUACUGAGUAUAACAAGAGGAUCUUCAGAUUGCAUCAUUUAACUAUAGGUGAAUCGUCCAGAAAUAACUACACUUUGAAUCAAUCUUAUAUUGUUCUCUCAUCAUUGAAUCUUUAUUCUGACUUGAAGGUUAAGGCUAUACAGCAAUUUGCAAAAAAUCAAAACUAUCUUAAUAUGGAAAAUCAUGAAUUUAGGGUAUGGGUUGUAGAGGAUAACGAGACAAACUCCGCUAACACGGCAUUGAGUAGUUACGAGAUUACGCCAUUGCAGUUUUUAAGUUUAUCAUCAAAAGAACUAAUAGCAGAAGACAUGUUCCAUAAACUUCUUAAAAGUACGUCAUCCCAGCCCUGCGAUAUCAUAAUUGAGACUCGAAAUUUAAAUGAUGGUAAAUGGCCUUCCUAUUUUUUUAUGUAUAACAAUCCUAUGACUAUGACAGGAAUAGUCGGACUGUCAAAUCUGGGAAAUACCUGUUAUAUGAAUUCAGGUCUUCAAUGUCUGGUACAUAUCCCUAAGCUAAGAGACUAUUUCUUUUAUGGAGGCUAUGAGCAGGAAAUCAAUCUUGAUAAUCCUCUUGGCUACAACGGAACAGUCGCUACUGCAUUUGGUAACUUGAUACAAAAUUUAUAUUCUUAUCAUUGGAACCAGCAGCAAUAUCAGUCCUAUUCUCCAAACCGAUUUAAAAUGACAUUAGGUCAAGCCAAUAGCAUGUUUGCAGGUUAUAUGCAACAAGAUUCACAAGAGUUCCUAGCCUUCCUAUUGGAUAGUCUACACGAGGAUCUUAAUAGAAUUCAUGACAAGCCUUAUAUUGAAAAACCUACUUUGGAAACUUCUGAGGAAUUGGCUGAUGAAAACGCGGUAAAGCAACUUGCAAAGAAGACUUGGGAUGCUCACCUCGCUCGUAAUGACUCUGUGAUAAAUGAUUUAUUUGUUGGUAUGUAUAAAUCAACACUGAAAUGUCCGACUUGUAAAAAUAUCUCCAUUACCUUUGAUCCAUAUAAUGAUCUGACUUUGCCAUUGCCAAUAUCAACAGUAUGGAAUAAGAAAGUGAAAAUCUUUCCCCAAAAGUCACCACCAUGUAUUCUUGAAGUAGAACUCCCCAAGUCAGCGACAUACAACGAUUUAAAGGAUUAUGUUGCAACAUAUUCCAAUAUUGAUUCAAGUUCAUUAUUCGGUUGCGAAAUUUUUAAUCACCAAUUUUAUCGAAAUUUUGAGUCCCCCAUUUCAGACUCAAACUACUUACCAGUGCAGGAAUUGAUUUCUGAAACUGAUGACAUCAUAUUUUAUGAAAUUAUUAUCAAUCCGGGUGACAUUAUCUUACCUGUUAUAAAUACCAGAAUUGAAGAAGGAUUCAAUAGCCCAUCCUUAUUUGGAGUGCCAUUUUUCGUUACAGUGUCAGAUGAAGAGAGAAGGAAUCCAUUCUUGAUAUACCAGAAACUGGAAAAAUUAUAUACUAAUCUGAGUGGUGGGUAUAUCCAAUUAAGGGAGACUUUAAAUAAUGAAAAUCAACUAAAUGCAAUUUUCCCAAAUCUAGUAGCCAAGUAUGGAAAGGAAGAUAUGGAGCCAAUAAACGAUAUUAUUGACACAUUAUAUGAUCCAAAUGACUCCACAGAUGGUAUUUUCACUUUGAAAACGAUAUCAGAAAGCAGAGAUGAAAUUGAAAUUGAAUCGCCAUCAAAAACCCAGCCUUGGAUUCCAGAAAGUAAUAUUAACUAUAAACUUGCAGAUGAUAUAUUCAACUUCUCAUCAGUGAUCUUGAGAGAUAUCUACUAUUAUAAUAAAAUGGAAAAUCAAACAAGUGAUGCUGAGAACGCUUCAUCAACAGAUAAUUCAAACUCCGAGGAUAAUAUGGAAAUUUCUACUGAUAGCCCAGUUGUCGAUGGGUCUGACUUAGGAAAUAGUGAAUCUAAUCACAAACCUGAGAAAUACCAGUCUGAAUUAGAUAAACUUUGUAUUGAAAGCAGUUCAAUUUUAGUUUGCGAAUGGACACAAAAAUCGAUUGAUGAAGUAUUUACUGAUGAUAAACCUAUUGAUUGGGAACAUCCCGCCCUUCUUGAGAAUAAGGAAUUGUUACUAGCUCAAAAGCAGAGAAAUUCAGCAAGCCCAAAUAUCAUAACAUUGGAUAGCUGUUUAAAACUUUUUUCUAAGCCAGAAGUUUUAGGAAUUAACGACUCAUGGUAUUGUCCAAAAUGUAAAGAGCAUAGGCAAGCUACUAAGCAGCUUGAGUUAUGGAAUACGCCAGAAAUACUGCUAAUUCACUUAAAACGUUUUGAGAAUCAAAGAUCCUUCAGUGAUAAGAUCGACGCGGUUGUCGAUUUCCCCAUAGAAGGAUUGGACAUGACACCUUAUGUUGUUGAUUCAGUUGUAGAGGAUGGUUGUAUCUAUGAUCUCUUUGCAGUUGAUAAUCAUUAUGGUGGUCUCGGCGGUGGGCAUUAUACAUCUUAUGUUAAAAAUAACAUAGAUAACAGAUGGUAUUAUUUUGAUGAUUCAAGAGUCUCAUCAACUGAUCCAAAAAAAAGUGUAGCAGGUUCUGCCUAUUUGUUGUUUUAUUGUAAAAGGGAACAGAAUCCUAAUGGGAUUGGCAACUCAAAGUUACAGGAUAUUAUUAUCAAUUCGAGAACUAAAUAUGAAGAAAGAUGGCAAGAAAUAUUAAACUCACAGACUCAACUGUAUGAAUCUACAAAAGACAUAGUAAGCCAAGAGACAUCCUUGAAUAUUGGAUAUACGCCUGAUUCUAAGAAUAAAUCGUAUGAGAUUGAACCGAAUAACUCACCUUCUUUGACCAACAGCCAUUCAGACACCACAGAAAGUGAGACUUUUGAGCUAAAGCAAGAUAAAAAUGGUUCUGAGUCCAGUGAGGAUGAUAUUUUGUCUCGAAAAUCAACUGGUUACAGUACAGAAAGUCUUGAAGUCGGAAAUCUUGACAUCAAUGAGGCAGAUGAAAAUGGAGGUAGACGGAAAUUACGUUUGUUAAAGAAAGUAUACGGGUCAGAUACAAAUCCAGAAGAUGAAGACGAGUGUUAA